AUGGCAGGCAAGAAGAUCCCAGGGCUGAGCCAGUACAGCUGUCAUGAGGCAUUGAUGAUCAAGGUUCACCCUACAGCUCCUGCGUGUGUGCCUGCCCCGGGAGCCCUACACUCUUCUAGAUUCUUCUUGAACCCUCAGCGAGGUCUUGGGCCUUGUUUUCCAGCCAGCUGGAAUAUCACCCUGAACUUGAGCGCCCUACUUCGAGACCUGCCUCCUCUGGUUUGGAGGCCCCCCGCCAAGGGAGAAACCCGUGCUAUGUGCACGCAACUCAUGAUGUUCGCAUGCGUCAGCCCCGUGAGGAUCCCUCGUCUAAGACUCAAGUUUCCCCUCCAACUGCCUUCGCUACAAGUGCUGGGAAACAGCUCUUGGAAUUCCGUCCCGAUCCUGAAGACAGAGGUGAGGGCAGAAGAAGAGCCGGAAGAACCAGUGGAGGUGGACGAUCAGGUAGAGACCCAGGGGCAGGAAGAGGAGAAAGGGGGCCCCUGUAGCAAUGGAGGAGCAGCAUCCUCCACCUCGAGGCCUCUGGAGACUCAGGGAAACCUCGCUGCCCUAGACUGCAGUCCCAGGGCCUUAAAGGGAAAUGUCCAUAGCAGGAGCCUGACAGAAACGAACAGGACUGACAAGGCCCAGGCGCGGGCAGUGAAUUUCCACUCCAAGGGCCAUGGAGUGCCCAGACACAGCCCUGCAGGAGGCGUCCUUCCCUUUGGGAAGCCUGACCCAGCUCCAGCAGUGCUCCCUGGCCCGGUUCCCGACUGCUCCCGUUGGCCAGAGAAGGCGGCCUCUCAGGUGCUGGGGAAAGACCACCUGCUCAGCUCCUCAGGCUUGCAGAUGAGGGGGAAGGAAACCCAGCGCAUGGAUCCUGCAGCUCUUGUAGCAAGCAGCUCUUCUCCACCCAGAGCUGCCAGCCACAGUUCCUGA